AUGACCGACCGCGUGACCAAGCCACGACCGCGGAAGAAGCGCGAGCUAAAGACAGCGCACGUAGUACGCACCAAAAACGAAAAGGAACCGUCACCUAAUGACGAGGUACUGAUUAAGACUGAACCCGGCACCCCGGAUCCCCCCUCGAUCGUAUCGGCGCUACCCGUCGCUACCCCAUCCAGUCGGAAACCCUCCGUUGAGCAAGUGCACCGGAGCGAAUUAGCGACAAAAGACGCCAUCGCCCAAAUCCAACGGCACUACAGACUGCCUGCGCUGUACCAACCGUCAAGGGCUGUCUCGGAUGCACUGGACGUGGCCUUCAUUUCGCAUUUCGUGAAGCAGAACAACACCACGCGCAAGUAUACUCCAGACGUACCAUGGAUUACAUCGCUGCCCAACCUGCACGGCGCCACCACCAAGCCUGCUGUACGGCUUUCAAUACGUGCAGCGUCGAUGGCUUUCUACGCCGCCGUGCAUCGAGACACGACCAUUCUCGUCGACUCGUACCGAUGGUACACGAUGAGUCUGAACUGCCAGAGACAGUCGCUCGCUAGACUCAGUUCGACCCGUAUUCCCGACGCCGAAGAGAUUCUUGUGCCUAUUAUCUUGAGCAUAUACGAGGCGUACGCCGGCACAACGACAACUAGCAUGUGGCCGCACAUGGCAGCAGCAGCAAAAAUCAUAGAGCUACGUGGGCCGACCAAUUGCACGGGCAUUACUGCUACCCUGUUUAGGAUCAUGCGUGUGUCCGAUUCACACAAAGCCAUCGUCUUCAACACACCCUCCGCCUUUGCCGCUCCCGAAUGGUUGAACACUCCUUUUAUUGGCUCAGACAAAAGCGCCCACCAAGAACUUGCUGACAUCAUGCUCCUCAUACCUGAAACCAUUGCUAUGCUCGAGGUCGUGCCAGGUAGCCUCCGUCGGUUUUUCAACCAGCCACUGCCCUUCGGUGCCGUCGUCGAACCCGUCGCCACGCGAAUACGAGCUUGGCUACGUUUCCUAGACGACUGGGCAGCACGAUUCCCCUACCUCACCAAAGCACCCAACAAAGAGGCCGUCGUCGUCACCAAUGAUAUGAAGAACCUCUCAUCAGGUGUCCACGUCACUCCCAGUGGAGAGCUGGCUUUGCCAAACAGCUUCGUAGCCUUCACAGCGGCUUCAUACCAAGCUCUUCUUGUCAUCCUCUUCCUGCUCCUGCACAAAAUCACGCCCAAGAUGGCACCACUGCCCACACCUGUUUCUGCCAUCUCGCCCUCUUAUCCCUCACCGCCCUCCGGAUCUUCACCGACUGUUCCUCGAAACGAUGAAGCCUCAUAUUUGGAUGCUGCUACCACAGCCGCGCAAAAAGUUUUGGACAUCGCCAAGUACCAGGAGACUACGCACCAGAUUGGCGGUUUCGACGUGUUGCGCACCGUGUUCCCGCUCGUGAUAGUGGGAAACCUGGGCCCGAGUCAGGAAGAAAAGAUUCGAGCGGUUGCCGUACUGACAAGGUGGGGGGAGCAAAGGGGCAUCUCCGGGCUGUGUACAGCGUGGUUGAACGUAUGA